AUGCUUUUUUCAAUUACAAAAUUAGCGAUUCUAGUUCAGUUUUUAUCAAGUAUAACCUGGGGGUAUUCUAUGCCCAAAAGGGAUUAUGAUAAUAAGAAUUAUUUUAUAUUAGAAUUUGAUACUUCUAAAGGAUCCAAGAAUUUGAAUAGCUUUAUCAAAGAAAAUAAGGGUAUUUAUAAUUUUGAACAUCAGCUCUAUGGGUUUGAUGAUCAUUAUAUCUUUAGUAUAAAUAAAUCCCAUCCAUAUAAUGAUUUUUUAGGUAAUUAUAACUCUGAUACUAUAAAUCAUGAUGAUGGGAAUUUGAAAUUAUUGAAAAGAUCCGGAGAGUAUGAAGCUCAAUACGAUAGUUUAAUUAACUCGGUAAAAUCUAUUCAUUCCUUAAAACCAAAAAAAUUAUCUAAAAGAUUACCUAUUCAAAUAGAGGAUAGAUCCAUUGAUAUUGUUGACUCUGCACAAAAACCCAUAAAAGACGCUAGUGAAAAACUUGAUAUCAAUGACCCAACUUUUAUCGAACAAUGGCAUUUAAUUAAUGCUAUGAAUCCAGGUAAUGAUGUAAAUGUCACUGGAUUAUGGUAUGAAGGGAUAUUUGGUGAAGGAAUAACCAGUGCUAUAGUUGAUGAUGGAUUAGAUGUUGAUAAUCCUGAUUUAAAUGAAAACUUUAAUGCCAAAGGUUCUUGGGACUUUAAUUCAAAUACCAAUUUCCCAAAACCAAGAUUAUUUGAUGAUUAUCACGGUACUAGAUGUGCUGGAGAAAUCGCUGCAGUUAAAAAUGGUCAAUGUGGUGUUGGGGUUUCUUAUAAAUCAAAAGUUAGUGGUAUACGUAUAUUAUCGGGUACUAUUACUGCUUCUGAAGAAGCGGCAGCUAUGAUCUAUGGAUUAGAUGUGAAUGAUAUAUACUCGUGUUCUUGGGGUCCAACUGAUGAUGGUAGAACAUUAUCAGCACCAGAAUUAAUUGUUAAAAAAGCAAUGGUUAAAGGGGUUCAAAAAGGUCGUAAAGAUAAAGGGUCUGUUUAUGUUUUCGCUAGUGGUAAUGGAGGACGUAAUGGAGAUUCUUGUAAUUUUGAUGGUUAUACUAAUUCUAUUUUUUCAAUUACUGUUGGUGCUAUUGAUUAUAAGGGUUUACAUCCAGCUUAUGCAGAAGCAUGUUCUGCAGUUAUGGUUGUAACUUAUUCAUCAGGUUCUGGAGAGCAUAUCCAUACUACUGAUAUUCAUGAUAAAUGUACUGCAAUUCAUGGGGGUACUUCAGCAGCUGCACCAUUAGCAGCAGGAAUUUAUUCAUUAGUGUUAUCAGUAAAUCCAAAUUUAACUUGGAGAGAUGUUCAAUACGUUAGUGCAUUAAGUGCUGUUCCAGUUAAUGAAGAUGAUGGUAAUUAUCAAAUUACUGCAUUAGAUCGUAAAUAUAGUCAUAAAUAUGGAUAUGGUAAAAUAGAUGCAUAUCAAAUGGUUAAAUUUGCAGAAAAAUGGCAAAAUGUUAAACCACAAACUUGGUUUUAUUCUGAUUUUAAAGAAGUUAAUGAAGCAAUAACUAAAGAUCCAAGUGAUGAUAACAAAGUUAUUAAAAGUGUUAUCAAUAUUAAUAAAGAAGAUUUAAAAUUAAUGAAUUUUGAUAAAGUUGAACAUGUUACAGUUACAGUUAAUAUUGAAUCUAAAUUAAGAGGAGCAGUUGGAGUUAGAUUAAUUUCACCAUUUGGAGUUAUAAGUGAUUUAGCUACAUUUAGACAUUUAGAUAAGUCAGGUCAAGGAUUUGCUGAUUGGACGUUUAUGUCAGUGGCUCAUUGGGGAGAAACAGGAGAAGGAGAUUGGACCAUUGAAGUAUUUUCGGAUCCAGAAGUUGAUAUUAAUGAAGUUAAUUUUAAAAAUUGGCAAUUAAGAUUAUUUGGACAAACUAUUGAUGCAGAUAAAGCAGAAACUUAUGAUAUAACUAAAGAUUAUGCUAAGAUUAGAAGGGAUAAACUUGAGGAAUUGAAAAACAAGCCAAAACCUGAAGAGAAACCAAAGCCUGAGGAAAAACCUGAAGAAAAACCAAAACCUGAAGACAAGCCUGAAGAAAAACCCAAACCUGAAGACAAGCCUGAAGAAAAACCUGAAGAAAAACCAAAACCCGAAGAAAAACCUGAUAAGCCAGAAGACAAACCUGAAGACAAACCUGAAGACAAACCUGACACUCCUGAAGAUACCGAUGAGCCAGGGCAAAAUAAGCAAUACACCAAUGAUCAUACUGGACAAUAUUUCAUGGCCAUUGCAGUGGUUGGGUUCAUUAUAGUGAUUAUAAUGAUGAGAUAUCAUAAAACCCCAGGAAGCUCUCGCCGUAGAAGAAGAGAAGAAUACGAAUUCGACAUCAUCCCUGGUGAAGACUACAGUGAUAGCGAAGAAGGCGAAGACGAUGAUGAUGAAGAUUCCUUGGAUUUGGGUAAUGAUAGAAGAGCUCCAAAUAAAUCCAAUAAUCAAUCUAGAAAUAGCGACGAAGCCAGAGAUCGAUUAUUUGAUGAAUUCAACGCAGAAACAUUACCCGACUACGAAGACGAUAUGUUUAUAAUUGACGACGAUGAUGAACAUGCAAAGAACCCUCCACAAGACCAAAAGCUGCAAGAAGGGUCCACUCUUGGAAGUAGUUACAAGCCCACCGAGGCCAAGUCUUAA